GCUUCCCCGCCUCGGCAAAGUGCCGGAAGUGGCUUUCCAUUGAGGGCGACUGAACGGAGGCGACCGGCAUAAUUUUCAUUCACCCUUAUUUUCUCUCUCUCGGGUAGCCGUAAAGUGCGCAAUGUAAAAUCUACGUGUGUUAAGACGAACUUAAAAUUGUAACGACACUAAAGCAUUCGAUUUUUAUUGCAAGGCUUGGAAAUGUCGCAAGAAGCUCAUGGACAGGAGGGGAAUGGAAAGGUUAGCAGGGUCAUUCGAAUUGGAACCAGAAAAAGCCAGCUUGCUCGUAUCCAAACAGACAGUGUGGCUGAAAAGCUGAAGAAGCUUUAUCCAGAUGUCCUCCUUGAAAUUGUUGCCAUGUCAACAACUGGAGAUAAAAUCCUGGACACAGCAUUAUCAAAAAUUGGAGAAAAGAGUCUUUUUACCAAAGAGCUGGAGAAUGCUCUGGAGAGGAAUGAGGUAGAUCUGGUAGUGCAUUCCUUGAAGGACUUGCCCACUGUGCUUCCCCUUGGCUUCACCAUAGGAGCUGUGCUUGAACGAGAGUGCCCUUUUGAUGCUGUAGUUCUGCACCUUAAGAAUACAGGAAAGUGCCUUGACACUUUGCCAGAAAAGAGUAUUAUUGGUACCAGUUCACUUCGCCGUGCAGCUCAGUUGAAGAAAAGAUUUCCUCACCUGGAGUUCAAAGAUAUUCGGGGCAACCUCAACACUCGCCUGAAGAAACUGGAUGAGAAGGAAGACUUCUCUGCCAUCAUACUGGCGGCAGCUGGGCUGACUCGUAUGGGUUGGGAGAAUCGUAUCAGCCAGGUCUUGAACCCAGAUGACUGUAUGUAUGCCGUUGGGCAGGGUGCCCUAGCGGUGGAGGUUAGGGUAAGGGACAAAGACAUCCUGGAGAUGGUCUCCGUGCUGCACCACCCGGACACUGUAUUACGCUGCAUAGCCGAGAGAGCAUUCCUCAGACACCUGGAAGGGGGCUGUAGUGUGCCAGUUGCUGUUCACACAGAAGUUAAGGACUCCCAGUUGUAUCUGACAGGUGCAGUCUACAGCCUGGAUGGUUCUGACAGCCUCAAGGAGACCAUGCAGACCAGUAUCUUGCCAGGAAACCAGGUGGAGGAAGGAGUGGAUGAGGGUGCCCAGCGUGUGGGAGUUACAGCCAGCAAUGUGCCAAGGGCCUCCCAGGAUGCUGCUGAGAAGCUGGGUGUAGAUCUAGCUCAGCUGCUCCUUAGCAAGGGGGCCAAGGAAAUCCUGACAGUGGCCCGGCAGCUCAAUGAUGCUCGCUAGCCUUACUUGGAAGUUUUUGCCUCGGUUUGACAGUGAGCACUGGACAGUGCUAAAAGCCCCAUUCAGCCACGUGAACAGUUUCAAACUUCUCAAGACAUUUUACUUGAUCUGAAACCUGAGUGUGCGUAGGUUGUUUUUAAAUCACAAUCUCAUUCUGUAUACUAUUAGUCAUUUCUAUUUUUUUUUUUAAACUGCAUCCAUGGGUGCAAUAUUUAAAAAGAGAAAAACGUGCCAGAAUUUACUGUGUAUGUUUUAUAAAAAUGCAAAACUACUGAGUAUUAAAAUUUUAUCUAAUUAACUGUUGGGAAAAGUGGAAUGAACACCUGCUUACACAACACCAUUCCAAGUUUGAGACAACAAGCCUACCAGAAUUUUACUUGAAAUUUUACUGUAAGAUGUAGCUGUAUAUGGUAUAUAAUAGUUGUCCACAUCAUUCCAGGUAGUAAGUUAAUAGCCAUGUUUAUUUUCAUUUACAUGAAUUGCAGAGAGAAUAUAUAGAAUAUUUACUUACUGGCUCUUCCCCCCCCACAGAAAAUCAUAUUUUUGCCAGCAGUGAGGAAUGUAUCCCUUUGUGGACUGACAGUGUAUCAAUUUAAGUCAUUUAGAAUGUUAUGAAACAUUUUGGGUUUCUGAAACUUCACUGAAAAUCAGUCCUAGAUCAGUAGCUGUAAGUCUGCAGAGGGAAGAAAUGCAUACACCCUUCAAAUAUUGGUUUAAGUAGACGUAUAACGUUUCCAUGUCUCGUUCACCUGAAAAAACAGCUUGGUGUAUAAUAAACAGUAUAUUUAUCAGAAUCUUGUCAUGAAAUGAUAUGCUGUUGGAUUAAAUUCAUCCGGGACUACUACAGAUUGGAAUGCAGGAAAAGUACGUUUUCAGUUCUUUACGAAACACUCUAAAACGUAUUUUUAAGCGAAGCAGCAUGUUUGAGUUACA